CUGAUGUCACCAUGCCUGUCUCUCUCAGUGUCUGGCGUGUCAGGAUCGGCACCUUUCUGAGGAGGUGCCACCAUGAUCCGAAGAAAGAAGCUGAUCAAUCAAAGGAAAAUGCCAAUGCCAAUAGCCAGAAUCCAUCUAGCAAUGGCUCUUUAAUCGAUGAAAGGAGCAAAGCUGUCAGUACAUCCUGUCAACAACCUCCGUCUUCUGGUGAUGUAGAACUGAAAACCGCCAAAACUGAAUCUCCAAGUAACAUCAGCAGUAACAAGAUUGGUGUGUGUUCGGAGACUCUGUCGACCGCGGCCAUUCCUGGUUGUGAUACCGUCAAUGGAUCUCCGUGUGAUAUCAGAAGCCCCGGUGAUAUCGCUCAACAUGGAUCGUUGUGUGCUGAUGACCGCAUCCUUUCAACUUGCUCAACAGAUUCGACAGGGAAGGAAUCCACUCCUGUCUCUGAUCCUUCUGACACAAAGACUCCAGAGCCUUGUGACCUUGACGAGUUAGACAUGAGAUAUAUAACCAUUAAUGGCUUAUCUCCUACUAGCCUCUGCGAUUCAACUCAGAUAAGUGAGCCAGACCAACCUGAUGGUACAUCGGAGUCAUUCUCACAGGUAGCUACAGCCGUCGCUGGCCAUCAAGAUGACGGCAAGCAUGACCAGAAAGAAACAUCAAAUUCUUUACCGCCGGGGAUACAUGGCCAAUUUUCACCUAGUUCUGAACUGGAUAAAUCUGGCAAAGCUGAGCACACAUUGUGUAUGAGGGAGAUCGCAGGGUUUCACGGAACACCAAUUUCUACAGGCAGUAGAUCACGUUCAUCUCUUGGAGACGCAGAUGAAAUACAAAGGAAUUUAUUCUGUUCUGGUAUGGCCAACGUCCUUCUACUGAGGUCUGGUGACGUGGAGCAAAACCCCGGUCCAAACACCAAACCGGGUAAUCUAACUGAGUUUGAACUCCAUUUCCUUGCUGACGGAAUGGAUCCAUCAGACUUCAGGAAGGUUGGACUAGCUUUAGGAUUCACUGAGGCUCAACUAAGUCGAUAUGAGAGAGAUAACAUUGGAAACAUAAUGCAAGCUACCUAUAAGAUGCUUUGUGAAUGGCUGAAGACAGUACUACAAGAUGAAGCGAGGGAGAUACUAUCCAACAAGUUAAAAGACAUCAAUCUCGUACAGCUCGCCAACAAAUUACAGAAAGGUCAGGUCGGAGAUCACAUAAUAUCACUGACAGAAGAGGAAUUCCAACGGGUCAUCAAAGAGGUCAAGAAAUAUUCUGCUAUUCACCACUGUCAAAUUCAAGCCGAUCCACUUAACAGUGAGCUUAUACUUGAAUUUAAACGGAUUUUCACAAAUCUGAAGUUGAUGGAAGAAGAUAAGGGAACAAAGGAUAUGACACCGCUUCUCUAUGAAGACCUACUCAAGACAAAGGUAAACGGAGUCUUUCCUCAACGUUUGUUUGUUGAAGGUGAAGGCGGUGUGGGGAAGACAACUCUCUGUGCAAAGAUCGUUUGGGACUGGAUUCAUGGAGCAGGUUACGAAGAAUUCAGACUGGUACUUCUCGUCCUCCUUCGUGAAGUAAAGGAUAAGACCAUUGGAGAGAUCAUAAUGUCUUACCUCCCAGACGACAUCAAGGUUACAGCCAUGCAGCUAAACAAGUAUGUCUUUUCCCAUCAGAAAGACGUCCUUCUUGUUCUGGACGGUUUUGACGAGUUAGCUGGCGAUCUUGAUAGCUGUUACCAAAUCGCCCUUAUCAUCCUGAAUCGGCUGUUCAAGUCAGGGAAAGUACUAAUCACAUCAAGACGAUGGAGAUCAGAUGAGAUACGGAAGAUUACAGAGCUUAGAAAGCUUUAUGCCUUCAUUGCCGUGGAAGGUUUCUCUUAUGAAAAUCUUUCCUCCUACAUCACCCAGUUCUUCCAUCCAGACACAACUUCAUCUGAAGAUUUGAAUCGAUUCAUAUUGAACAACGAUGUGAUCAGAGAGAAUAUGGCCCCCUUCCCAAUAUACACAGCAAUGCUGUGUAUUAUGUGGAAAGACUUUGACGACGAACGCCGUGAGGCAAUGUCCAAACUGCAAACUUUCUCUCAGCUGAUCGACGAGAUGGUCCAAUUUUUGGUUGAUCAUUAUCUUUCCAAGCGUGAUACGUCUGCAGGUGACAUUGGCAGAGAACUGGAUUUGAAACGUAAGGAGAUUCUGUGUCAUCUGACUGAUAUCGGUUGUCUUGCCUUGCGGGGACUCCAUGAGAGGAGACUGGUGUUCACUGAACAGGAAUUCCAGCGCUGGCCGGGAUCUUUGGAAACAGGUUGCAAAGUCGGAGUGCUCACUAAGCAAACCCAAACCCCUUCGAGGAGAGAGAGAAGACACCGUUUUCAUUUAGCAGUCACAUUUAUGCAGUUUCCUCAUAAGCUCUUUCAGGAGUAUCUAUCAGGGAUGUAUCUAGCAUCUCUCCACAAUUCAGACAGGAGCGAAUACGACAAGUUAAUGAAGGAUAUCAUUGGAAAAUCAGGAGAAUUCCAGGAGCUUCUGUACUUCACCUCAGCACAGCAGAAGGAGGUCGGAUUGGAUAUCGUAUCUCGUCUAACCAAACAACGCAGUGAUAAUGACUUCAUUGUUGAUGUAGCAUAUGAGAGUCAAGACCAAACAGUGGCUAAAGCUGUGGCAGAUCAUCUACCGAGUUCAUCCAGGAAGACACUUCGUAUCGGGUUUAUGAUGAAGGCACACACGUUAUCAGGACAUAUCUUUAUCAUGAACCAACGUGUAGUGGUAAGCGAAUUUGGAAUGCUAAUUAUAUAGACAUUCACUAUGCAUAUCAAGCCUAUCAUAUUCACAAUGUAUAUAACAACUUAUUAAUAAAAUAAACGUUAAAGGGAGUAUCAAAAACAAAUUAUUUUGUUUCCCUUGAAAAGACCUAAACCCAUUUUAGCUUUCUUGCCCCCUCCCCCCUGUUGCACCCACAAAUGUAAUAACACUUUACCCACAAAUGUAAUAACGCCCACAAAU